AUGUUAUUAAAUUUAAAGUUGGGUACUCAAAUUUUAAAAAUUGUAAAGUAGUAAUACUUAAGGAAUCCACUUUCAACUAAAAUUAAGUUUGUUGUAUUUAAUUUAAUUGCACUAGGAGAUAUUAAUGUCCCACUUUAAUUAAAUGAUAUAAAAUCAUUAAAUCUUUAAUCAUAUCCAAAUGUAAUUCCCCAUAAUUUUAUUGAAUAUUUUAUGAAUUAAAGUGAAAUCUUAGAUGUGAUAAAAUAGAUGGAAGAGGAUUGCAAAUUCAUUUCUGACAUAACUGAGGUAAGUUUGACCUCGAAAGUUGUAGAAUAUUAGAUGAUGCCUAACCACAAGCAUUUAUUAACUGAACACUUGAAUACCAGAUCUAUGCAACAAAUUCCUCUAAAGAUCCAACCUAAAGAUCCUCCAGAUUCUCCAAAGGAGAUUAAAUAUUUUAAAAGUGAAUUUUGUAUAAGGAGUACUAAUCCGUAAAUGGAUUCGAGAAGAAAAUAAUUAUUUCAACCCCAUCGUGGAAUCUCGUAAAGAUAUUACUCAGAAUCACAGAGAAGAUCAAAUCUCAAAUCAGCUUUGAAAAACAAAAGAAACCAUUCUUUAUUCAGAGCUUAAAAAUCUGUAAGAUUUAGAAUUGAUAACCAUCAAAAAUUUUGA